AUGACUCAGAACUACAGGGCACUGAAGCAAUACUUGGAAGACCUAGUGGCAGCUGGACACCUAAGGGAUUACAUUGAUCAGGAUAAGGAAAUGAUCGAGCCAGGAAACCCACCACCAGAAGAAAACAUUGAGCAUCCACCUCGGCUGAUAAUAAAUGUGAUUAACAGGACAGCGAUUCAGGAAUUUGAGGAGGCACUGAAGGAAGAGAUUGCUAAGGCUGCACAAAUUCAGCGGAUCAUGUCAGUGGAGCCUGCAUCAAAAAAGGUACGUACAGUACCUAAAUCCCCCUUGUGCAUAGUUUCAUUUACUAGCAAAGACUUAGAAGGCAUACAACACCCACAUACUGAUGCAUUAAUUAUAACUGUGGGAAUUGGAAAACGAUUUGACGUAAAACGAGUCCUAGUAGAUCAGGGCAGUACAGCAGACAUACUGUAUUACGAUUUAUUCAGAAAGCUUGGUCUCUCCGAGCAGCACCUCACCCCAGUGGCAGCCCCAUUGGUCAGUUUCACUUCACAGCCAGAAUGGCCGCUUGGCAGAAUAGUGUUGCCAGUCGUGGUGGGGACAAAAACCCUCCAGAUAGAGUUCUUGGUUAUUAAUACAUCAUCCCCUUACAACGCCAUACUUGGCCAUCCGUGGAUUCAUCGAAUGGAAGCAGUCCUUUUAACCUAUCACCAGCUCAUCCGUUUUCCAACGGAACACGGAGUAGAGCAGAUUUCAAGGGAUCAAGUUGACAUUGCUUCAUCACAGCAUUAA